GGUUACUGUGUGGUUAGUACAGCACGUAUAAAAGGACCUCCUGCACUGCAAUAAGACUCUUUGCUCUCUGAUAGAUUUUAAAGACAGCCCAAAAAAUUAUUAUACUAUUUCUACAAUGAUUCUCUGGGCAUUUGUUACUGUUCUUUGUGUUGCGCGUGCUGCACAUUCUCGUGUUGAUCAGCCAGAUAAAGUAUUGACUGUGGAGCUUGGCAGCACUGUGACUCUGCGGUGUAUUUCGAUCAAAGAUAACAUUUUUUGGUACAAGCAAGUUGCUGGUCAACAACCUCGAGUCAUAUCAGCAUUUGAGAAAUUGAUGGAGCCCAUAUUUUACAAUGAAUUUAAAAAUGAACGUUUCUGGGGCAAAAAACUGAGCAGCAGCAUAAAUCUGACAAUCUCCGACAUCAUCCAGUCAGAUGAAGCAGUGUACUAUUGUGCAUCAAGAGCAUUUUAUAUUGAGUUUGGAAGUGGAACACAUCUGAAAAUUAAAGGUCAUCAAGCUUCAGCACCUCAGACCUCAAAUUUGGAUCAUCUGAACAACUCUAUUGAGUGUAGACAAAAAUGCAAUGAAAACAGCACAACAGAAAUGUUCCAAAGCUCUAGACAAGGCAAUCAUAUCAGAGGGCAUGCGAAUGCUAAGGACCCCGAUGAUGAAAAUUUGACAUAUGCAGCCUUAGAUUCACUCAGAAAAACGUUCAAUCUAGAAGAAAAUCACAGCAGAAAGUGCACUUGA